UCUUUCCUGGCCUGUCCCAGAGAACGUGAGUGAACACCUGCAGACCCAAGGCUCCGAGGUGCAGGACAGCCACAAGACAAUCGUAAGAGACCUCGCAGACGUCCGACACCAAGCUCAGGACAUCCAUCAGAAAAUUGACCAUAGCAUGUCGGAGUUUCUGCAGUACCAGGAUCAGACAUCGCAGUACUACACUGACCUGAUGAAUAAACUGGAGCGCAUGAACAGCACCCUGGGGGCCACGCUGCACUUCCUGGACAACAUGCAGAGCCGCAUUGAGCAGCGGCUCCACAUGAUCCAGGGCUACCUUGGCUGGGCAGGUUUGAGCCUGACAGCCAUGUGGACCUGCGUGGCACACACGGGCUACUUUGUCAUGUGUGCGGUCCUGCUGACGUUCCUGCGUUGCUCUGCUUUCUCUCGCGCCAUGCUGCUGGUCAGCGUGCCUCUGAAUGCAGUGGCGGAGGUCAACCAGCAGGCGGCGCUGGAUCUCCCCGGCCUCAGCCUGCUGCUGCUCCUCCUCUCUCUGGGUCACUGGUUUGUGAGUCUGUUGUGGAAAGGCCUCCAGGUCAGAGGGAAGCCGGCCUCCCCGCUGCCCCUGUGUGACACUGUGAAGCCACUGAAGGACUUUCCACAGUCCUCUACGCCGCAGAAAGACAAUGAUGGCUUUGCAGAGCAAGAUGACCCUUUGAAUCAAGACAGCUUCAUAUCAGGGAACCUUGGGAUAUCUGCCGUGUCUCCCCGUCACAGGAAUCCAGUGCCAGAGUCCAGGUUCAUGGCGACAGUCGGCAGCCAGAAUCACUCCACUCCUCGGCCGGUGUGCUCUGUGGCUCUGCUUGCUAAUAUCCCCCCAAGAAACCUCGGCGGUAUGUUUGAAGCUGUGAACAGCUCUCAGGAUUUCGCAAACGACUCUCGAAGUGCAAGUCCGACCCCGUCGCUGGUCAGCAACAGCUCUCUAUCAGCCCGUCAGCUGUGCAACGGGGUCACAAAAACGGGGAAGGCCUGUAAGAAGAGAGCCGUGCCGGGACAAGAGUACUGCAGAUUCCACGAAGGGGGCCACACCUCCUACGUUGUCAAAUGAGAGCUACACUUUAGUAAUGACCAGAUGUUUAGAUUUCAUGGCCACGCUUUUAACUGUCCUGUCAGUCUAAGUUGCCACGGGCCUUCUCUGGAAAAACCUGUUCUCAAAUGAUAGUGAUGUCAUUGUAAAAUUUGCCUAACGUUCAUUUUAAGUUAAUAAAUUAUUUCUUUGCCUUUUUAA